AUGAUCCUGGCCAGUACUACUAGAGUUAAAGGUGAAGUAUUAGCAUCAUAUAAUGAUUCAAUUCUAUCAACAUUACAAACUCAUAUUGCCUUAUUAAAAUUAUCAAGUCAAUCAUUAAAAAUGACAAAAUUAAAAAGUCAAAAUCUUCGUUUAGUUCUAUCAACAUUAACAACAGAUUAUGGAUUCGAAGAUAUUUAUGACAAUUUAAAAGUUGUACGUACUUCAAUAUUAAAUGAUCGUAGUAAAUUUUUAAAUGAAAAUUUUUUAACAUUGAUUACACCAUGGCAAUUAAAAACAACAAAAAUUGCAUUAAAUAUUUUACGUUUUAUUGCUGCUAGUAAAAUUAAUCCACAAAAAUAUCGAAUGUUAUCAUAUUUUAAUCUUGAAAUAAUUUCACCUACAGUGAAUCAUAAUAAAACUCAUGUUUCUCAACUGCGGACUCUUUCAGAGAAAAUUUUGGCUUUAUCCAAGGCCGUUUCAGCUGCUACCAAUGCUUGGAAAGAUAUUGUGACUGCAUUCAAAUCAAGUAGUUCUACUACAAUUACACGUAUUGUACUAUUUGGUUUUACCUAUUUUUCUCAGAAAUCAGCAGUUUUAAAAGAGAUUGAUAUACCAGCUGAUAAAGCAACGAAAUUUAUUAAUGCAGUUAUUAUUGAUUAUAAUUUACUAUCAAAAGGUAGUUUUAUGCUUGGUUUAACAUAUUCCGAUGAUUUUUCUUGGGAUCGUAUUGAUUAUUUUUAUUCACCAUCAAAUAAUGGAAAUUAUCGUUCUUUAACAUUGUUUAAAAAUGAUGAUAGUUUAACUAAUACUACUUCAUUUUUUAUUGUUGAUAUCAAUGUUGAUUGGCAAUUAGCACCUGAUUUAUUAAUAAUACAAACAUCAAAAAGUUAUCUAGGUGGUCCUUUUGAAAGGAACAAACAAUCCAUACAAGAAGUACCAUAUGUUUUAACUAUGGAUGAAGCUGUCAAAUUACAACAAUUCUUUAUGCUUGUAGCUAUGGGUAAUUUAGCUUCGACAAUAGGUGCUAAUGUCACUCUACCACAAUUGAAUUAA